CACUUUUUUUCCAAAACAACGUGACUCUCCUGCGACUCCUUCUCCGCCUCAUUAUCAUCUCUUCAGCUGUCCUUCGACCAUCGGCGACAACCGCCUUGGCGCGGUAGUGACACAGCCUCAACAAACCCUGCAGAUGCAUUCGACAGCCGCCGCGACCAUCAGCAUCCGCCUGGGAUACCCGUGAACGAGCGCAGGCCCGCGAGAGAACAUCCUUUAGAAUCUUCGGAGUAGGUGCGCGUGCAGAAGGGCCACCGGGACGAGAGAAAGAAGAGAAAAAAAGGCGGAUCUGUUUCGCUCGCCGGUGUGUUGUGGUCAGUGCUUCUGCCUGAAGGAAGUGCCUUUGUUUACGGCGGGCCACCGGAGGCGCCGAAGCGUCCUUGCGUGCAAAGGGGCGUCUCCCCUCUACUCCUCUUUGAGCCUUUUUUUUUAUAUCUCCAGCUCCUGACUGCCUUUAGCAAUGGAUGUCUUAAUGCAGGGAAGCAUCUUCGAGCAGCGAACGAGCGAGUUCUCGAAAACGAUAGGGCGGCGGAUACAAGUGUUCAGCUCCGGGGGCGGGAUGUUCUCAUCACACAACAAGCUCCACAUGGCUGAGAACAUCAUGAAGGACGUGAAAAAAUAUGCCGACAUGGACAUCGAUGAACUUCUGUCCAAGCUGUCUCCAGAAGAACUGGAGCAACUUGGCAACAUGGUGGAUCCAGAUGACUCUCUAAUACCUCCAUCGGAACGAUGUCGGACACAAACCAAGAAGAAGCCAACGGGUCCCCUGAACCGGCGCCACCUGCUGCAGUUCCUCGAAAAGUUUGCACGGGAGCAGGAAGACUGGCCCGAAGCUAAGCCAUUCCAGGCGGGAGCAAAGCGAGGAAAGGUUUUUGUUCCCCGUGUCCAGCCAAAGCCCAAACAAGAUGACGAUGUGGAAGUUGAGCUGGACAUCGGUGAAGACUACGAGAAAGCGCUCAACACAGCAAAUGAGUCGGAGCUGGUGGACCUGGCAGCUAUACUUGGUCUGCACAGCAUGCUCAGUCAGGACCAGUACCACAAUUCUGUGACCAAUCGAAGACAGAGGCCAGGCACAGGAUUUGAUUCCCUGGUGAAGGCAUCAAUGCCCAAGCCCAUGCCAAUGGAGCCGGACAACGACACCAACACGCACCAAACUGCUGAGAAAGUGGCUGCCAAUGAUCCGUCCCUGAAAACACUCAACUGGAACAACAUCAAGAACAUCCGAAGAGAUGACUUCAAGAAGCUCUUCGAAGGUCUCAAGAAGAAUACAAACCUCGAGUCCCUUUCCUUAGCAAACACUGAUCUCACUGACAGCUUAGUCAAGCGUCUCAUUGAUGCUGUGCGGCACAACAAGACGUUGAAGUCGCUUAACGUGGAGUCCAACUACAUCAGCGGACCCGUCAUCAAGGACCUGGUUGAAGCCACCAACGCUCAGCAAUCCCUCGAGGAGCUAAGGGCAUCUAACCAGAGGCCCUCGAUCCUUGGUAACAAGAUCGAGAUGGAGAUUGCACGGCUGGUGGAGAAGAACCGUACCUUGUUGCGGCUGGGCAUCUCGUUUGACGUCCCUGAUGCACGAAUGAGAAUAACGCAACACCUGCAAAACAACUAUGACCGUUUGCGGCUGCGACGCACCGCUUCAGGAGCACAGCUCAGCAGCACCUGAGCUCCUAGGGGAACCUUGUCGAAGCAGUGUCUUUCUUCGCUUACUUUUUUUUUUAACUUUAUAUUCUAGAGGCGAACGGCAGGAGAGCUCCUGACCUAUGUUGCAACAGCUAUGGAGUUUCAUACAGACGUGUGACAGGAAUGAUGGGGAGUGCAUCAGGAUGGAUUAACUUCACGGAGAAUGGCUUCAGGCUUCUUCCAUUUGUUUUAUUUCGGAUUCGCUGUUCUUGUCAGCAGUAAAGAAGUGCUUAACACUCUGCAAGAAUAGUUGAACUUUGAAAACAGUCAAGCAGUAGCACUUGCUGGCUAUUAUAUAGAGCUGAUGUAAGAAGCUACAAGAACAUUCGGGGCAAACUUUAUCAAGAGCCAUACUCUUUUUACCAUUCCUAUGUUCGUUGGCUCACCUCCCGCAAGCACUAGGGUCCGAUUUCUUGUAUGAAGCUCCACAGCAAUGUCAUUACAAUUUUUUUUUUAAAUGAUGUGUGCAAGUGUGUGUUGGACCUACUGCUGCCACUUAAUUGUGACACACUGUGUACAGCCAAAGUUGAGCCAGCAGCAGCAGCAACUAUUAUCCCUAGGUGCAUUUUCUUGUCCUUCCUAUCUUUGCUCAUCUCGCCCGAAAGGAAUGUCACCUCGUCGCAAAGCUUUGUUUAAAGGGUUCGGUAUUAGGUGGCCGGUGGAAAUUCAAAGCUGCAUCUUUUUUUUUUUUUUUAAUGAACUGCUUAAACAAGAAUCUUGGUAGCCGCUCUUUUUGGCGGCGAAGCAGCAAGCCAAAGCAGGAAUAAACAGGGCUUACAGUGAAGUCAUUUUCCCAGACCGCACGUCAGAGCCUGCUCGAUUGCCACUGGGUGUGUGCUGACCUGACAGUGUUCAUUUUAUUGUAGUUCUCAGCUGCAUGCAACAGAUACUGCCUUCCUUUACUGCUAUCCAACUAGCAAGCUAUUUGUGUAACCACCUCAUUCAAAGGAAAGAUUUUCCUUCGCAGUCCAGCUAGGCAUGUCGUUUUUGACAGUGACAUCACCAAACAGUGACCACAUUCUUGAUCGAUCACUUUGGGGAAUAUUUCUUUCAGUGUACCUUGAUCAGUUGGCUGUAAGCUGACAGAAUCAGAUAUGCUGAAAGGAAUGCUGUACAUGCUCCCAUCAGCACUAUUUUCACUUGCCUGAUUGCAUGUUAAGUUACACAAAGGACAGCAUCCCCAAAAGGGUUCAGUUGAGCAUGUGGCCUCUGAUAUAAUGUUGUACUUCUUGCAAGUCAGACCCAUCUGUACACUGCAUGGCUGUCUGCCAGCUGGAGGCAUGACUGAAAUGAGAAGUUCACUGGGUUUUGCACGUAUAUUGGACUUACCAGCAAUCUGCCACUGAUUAGGAAGGUAGUGACAUUUGGUGAAUACUGGGCUGGAACGGCACAUUGAAGUUUGGUGUCACUGUUGUGGUUGCUGGCUUUGAUAGUGUUUCCUGUCUGCUGUAGAGGUGCUGCCCGCAGUCCUGUGUGAACUGCACAAAGAUAAUUGUACAUUCUUCACAUAAACAUUCAUUGUCGCGCAUGUUUUUCUUUCGCACAGUGGCGUGUGUGUAUGCUCUAUGAUUUCAUCUCCACUAUAUCAGCAACAAACCGGUGUUUUUCCUUGUUAGCAGUUCUUUGCUCGUGCCUCCAGUUUAUUGGAGGCAAAGGCCUUGUGUCAUCAUCAUAUUGCUGUCUCACCAAAUCGGUCGUGCACACGAUAUGUCUAGCACCACUACAAGUCACGGCACUGGGCAUCAUGCUUUUCCUGCUCUAGCACUGCCUUUAGUACACUUGACAGCCUUUUGGUUUCAUUAUGUUACAUGCUGUCUGGUUUACGAAAUGUAUUGCUGCUUUGUGAACAAGAGGUGUAGAUUGCUCACAUAUGCUGGUGCGGCAUUAUGAUUGGGCAGAAAGUAAAGGAAUGCCGCAGGCAGCUUCGCUUGUAAGUUGUAUAACUUGUUCAUGUAUCGUAGUAGUAUGAUGAGCCACAUUGCUAUUUGAAAGGAGUUGGUGCUGAAUGAUGUUAAAUGCCAAAGCAUUACCACACGUACUAUUGCACUCAAUAUGAGUUGCAACAAAAAUGCCACAUUUUAUUUCACUAAGAAAAAUGACUGGUCAAUUUUUUUUUUUUUUUUAGAAUGGAGUGCUACCAGUAAUAAGCCCUUUUCUAAAUUCACAAGUGUGCUUUGCUGCAUUGCUUUCUUGCUCAAAUAAUGGCCAAACUAAUAGUCAUUGUUGAAAUUAAGAAAACUGCUAGCUGCACCUGCUAGGGCUUGUUUCUUGUGUAUGGCUCCCUCACAAGAGCUGCGUCUACAUUUUCCAUGUCAAUACAAGCUAACUGUGCUUGUACGCGCUGUUUGCCAAAAUGACUGGGCCACCAUUAAUUGGGCAAACUGCCUUGCAGGAAAGCUAGCUUUACAAUUAAGAAAAGGGCCUAUUGGAACGGCAUUUAGUUCACCAACUUUGCGUGUGUUGGCGCAGCCAUACAGUCUCUCAGCUCCUCCAGUGACAGGCUCCCAUGUAUGCAAAUCAUCUUGAGUGCGAUUGUACAUGGCCGCAUUUUGCCGCUUGAUGUUAAAAUGAGACCCUGUGUUUCGAGACCUUGAAGUAGGUCUUGUGAAGCCUACGUGCUCAAAGGUUAAUUGUGACGUGUAUGUGCAGUUCCGUGAGUACAGCACGAUGCCAUUUCAUGCGUCCACUUUAUUCUUCAGUAAGCUGUACAUAAAUGCAAUGUCCCCUUUUGUUGCCAUUGCAACUGGAUUUUUUAUUUUUUCUUCUUUUUUGUCGUGAGACACAAUGCCGGCAUUUUUGUACCCUUCAUUUGUGACAUGCAGGGUCAGAUAUAACAGAGGAAAAGCUUACCCAAAUGCCUGUGCCAGCCGUUUCAGAUGUGGUGCUCCGUUUGGACGGAACAGCAUUACCUCUUCACCAUGCAUGACAUAUAUUCAGUGCACACAGCCAUGAUUUUGAGCUUAUCAAGCUGUUUGUGUAAACCUUGAGUAAUAAAAUUCACACAUGCA